ACAAGUUAAAUCAACUCACCUUUAGUUUGCUCGUGUUGAUCGUUAUUCCGAUUCACCUUUACAUUUUCCAAUUCCAUUGACCCUUGUCCAGAAAUCUUCAUGAUCUUUUUGUUUAAUGAGAACAAUUAAUUUCCCUUUUUCGAGAACAGGAAAAUCUUUUUCAAAUCAUUUCAAUUCUCACCUCACAUAUAAGAGACAAGAGAAGAUUCAAAAAAAAAGGAGGGAAAUUUAACUAAUUCUCUCUGUCUAUUUGUCUGUCUUUUUUUAUCCUUUUUCACUUUUGUUCUUUUCUCAAUUAAUAUGAUCCAACAUGGUGGACAUGAGGCUAAUUGUUUAUUCAAUUCCACUACCGGUUUAAUAAACCCGAGAAUGUCAAUCAAUCAAUGUGAUACAAUUCUACCAACGACAAGUCAAUCAACUCAAUCAGUGUCAUCAUCAUCUUCAUCUUUAGCUAAUCAAUCAACCUUAACACCAUCAUCAUCAUCAUCAUCAUAUUCAUUAUCACCUUUGCCAUGUUUAUCUAAUCCUGAUCAACGGAAAUUGACCAAUUUCACAAUUGAAUCAAUAUUGAAUAAUAUUGUUGUUAAAAAGUCAAAUUCAUCAUCAAGCAAAUUAGGAUUACCAAGGAACCGGAAAUGUAUCAAAUUUUGUCACCGUAUACAAUUAACCGAUUCGUCGAGUGUCAAUAAUAACGGUAAAUUGAACAAUCCCAAUAACAGAGGACCUCGAAUACCAUUCACAUCAUAUCAAGUUCAAUUAUUGGAGAAAAAGUUUUCUCAAACAAAUUACCUGAGCAGUUAUGAAGUUUGGAGUUUAUCUGAACAAUUAAAUAUCUCAGAGAAUCGAGUAAAAAUUUGGUUCCAAAAUAGGAGAGCCCGACGAAAGAGAGAGGAGAGAUUACCUGAUGAAAUUAACUCACAAUUAACUGAUGAUAAUUUACUAAUCACUAAUUCCGAUGCUAAUUCAACGGCGAUGUCUUUAUCAUCCUCAUCCUCAUCUUCAUCUUCAUCUUCAUCAUCAUCUUCAUAAUCAAUUACAAAUUAUCUGAGAUAAUAAGCCAAAGGAUUCAAUUGAUUUUCCUCUAAUUGUUGGUUAAUCAUUAAUCAACCAAUUAAUUUAAAUUUUUUCUCCAUUAAUUUUUUAUUUAAAAUCUUAAUCCUGUUCUAAGAAUUAAUCUUUUUCCAAUCAAUACAAACAUAAUAAUACAUCAAUGAUAGCCAACAAUUUAUUAAUUGUAAUAAUUAUUUAUCCCUUAAUCAUGCUGAGAAAGUUGUCAACAACAACAAUCUACUACUAAAGGUAAAAAAAAUUGCAACAAUUAAGUUAAUUAUGAUGAUGAUCAUUAGGUGAUUAUUAUUUAACCUGAUCAAGGUAAAUUGGAAAAGUGAAUUGGAAACAAAAUUAAAAUAGCCUUGGAGCAACAACAAUUAACUAAAUUGUGAACUUGCAAUUUGCAUACGUUAUCAUUAUCAUUAUUAUUUCUAGAAUAACAAUUAACUAAUCAGAAUGAUAAUCAACACCUACACUCACAAUCCAAACUGGAUUAAUGGUUAUAAAAACUGAUUGAAAGGCAAAAAUUAAACAAUUAGAUUAAUUAUAAUUCUAGUAACAUAAACAAUUAAAAAAGAAAAACUUUCCAAAUGUUGAAAUCUAAAUGAUGAUUAAACUAAUUUGAUUACUUUUAAUCAACAAUCAUCACCAUGAUUCGUGAUCAUCAAAAAGUAUUACCAAUUUGAUAGAUAUGAUCAAUGAGAAUCGAUCAUCAUAAUUAUCAUAAUCAACAAUCAUGAUCAAAAUGUAAUUAUCAACAAUAUCAACU